AGUACAGUUACUGACGGCCCGUACCGUGAACGAUAGCCGUCGUCGUCGACCGUCGCCGUCGUCGUCCACGCUGCUGUUAUCGUAGACAGCGUCGCAUAGAGUCGUGUUCGUUUUACCAUGAGUUGCUCUCGAUAAACAUAUAUGCAGUCAGUAAGUGGUGGUACUCGCUCUCUCUUUCUCUCUCCAGCUGUUCUUCAUCGCUUUCGUACUUCGGUCUCUUCCUCUCUUCGUCGUUCUAACCGCGUUGUCCCCGGGGACGGAUUUUCUGCGACUCGCGUGCAGCGUCGCGAAUGUUUGCAGGUGUUUUGUAUUCCGCGCGAACCAGCCUCCUAGAAGGACGUCCCCCGAGUGCCGUAAACACGACACGAUAACGAUAACGAUCCUCGAUGAGAUGCAGUGCUUUCUUUCGUUAAUCGGCUAUUAGAGCUUUCGAAAUUCGAUUAUGAUCCCGUGCUCAGUGUGUACAAUAUGUUUCGCUGAACGCCCAGUUUCUCCGUGUACGAUUUAAAGCGUGAAACAUUCACACGGUCACGUAGUAGACUAAAGAAUCAGCUAGCUCCAAAUCGUACAUCCCGCGCGGACAACUUGUUGCUCGUUUGCCGAAAGUAGUGACGUAUUUGAACCGUUUGUAUGAAUUCGAAGUAAAGUUCACCUAGUCCCGCCUUACCCUGAACGUAUCCUAAGGACAAAGAGUGAGAGAGAGAAAGAGGAUCUUUUAAUUGAUAAGCAGGUGUAGCUCGUGAACGAAGUGACAGUGUUCUCGAAUGUGUAUAUGAACGAGGUCGUCACGAUGACCGUUCCACCGACACUGCCGGCGAAGACUCAGCCCCGGGACCCGAGUCAGGUUGCCCGACAGACUGUAUCAAUCCGGACUGUUUCCAGUCCCCCCACAGCUACUCUGAGCACCGGGGCCGGAGCAACGGUAUUUGUCGGACUCGCAGCUCCUGGUGUCGAUUCCGCGACUGCCUGUAGGAGAAGAAUCCCGGAAGUGCAAUCCGCGAACGGCUACGGUAAGCAGAGCACCGUGAAGUCGGCGCAGAGCCUAGCCAGUCAGCAACAGCAGCACGGACAACAACAGCAGCAGGCGGCACACGUGGUGAAGAUCAAGAUCAAUCCGGAUGGUGAGAAGAACGGAAGGGUGAUAUCGACCGUUCGAUUGACUCUGGACGAGAACGUCGUCGGCCACGAAGCCGAGCAGGAGAACGGGAUCGCGAUCGCGUGCGAACAUUCGAGCAAGCGUGACGGUGGUGUGGUCGUGAGUGCGACAAAUCUGGAGAACGUGCAGCGUUGUGGAAGUGCCGGUGCCGGUGAAGGCUGUGUGAGGAUCAGUGUUGGCUGCAACGCUUUCGAACGCAACAACAACAUCAACAACAACAAUAAAGACAAGCGCAAUCGGAACGACAGCUCGGAGAAAGACAUGGUUCACCGGGACACCUCGGAACCCUUGAAUACCACCUCCGCGAAUAACCGUUCUUCGAGCGCUUGUUUCUAUUACAACUCGUAUCCCAGCCAUUUGAACGGGAUGGUGAUGUCCAGCGGACAAUGUUCGCCCAGCGACACCCUGGACAGCGGUACGUGCAGCGACCUAGACGGUACGCCACCGCCUCUUCCCAAAAAGAAGAACUCCAGCACAGUCAUAUUAGCCAGCGAACAACACAAUCGAACUGGAAGUCUGACCAGCAGUGGAGCGGAAGUGGACAGUGACGAUAACGAGAGCAACAUCAGCUGCGAUUCUUUGAACGCCGGUGACUUGAACGACAGAAUAGAGGAAAUCAACGGCAACUCGAGCGAGGCCUUGAAUUUUCGAGGACACUCGGAGAGUCAUCUGGAAAACGGGCUGCAGAGUCGUCAGAAAUAUCGGGAAACCGAUGACGUUCCAAACUUGAACCAAUUAAACCUGUCGAACGAGAACAAGGAACGCAUCAUGGCUCCGGAAGUCCAAUCAAAUUCUUGUUCGAUCAGAGCAUCCCCCAGCGUGUCCCCGUCGCCGUCCGCGGCAUCUUCGCUCUCGAAAGCGUCUUCCACACCGAGAAUGAGGAGUCCGGAAUUGACGAGCGAGCCAAAUGGCAGGCUAUCGUCGCCGGUGGUGAAGGAAUGCACGUACGAGGAGAGGAAACAGGAGCAGGAGAGGAUAGGACAGGAGUCCGUUGCCGGUGACGUUGACACGAGCAUCAAUCCUGUGACCGGCAAGAAGUACCUGUACGAGUACGACAGGUUCUACAAGUUUCACGUGAACGAACUGAAAGGAAACAACAAGGACACGAACAGGGGUGUGGUGUUAGGAGAUAAGGAUACCGACGAAUGUUUCGCCGGUUACAAGAUCCUCGAAAAGGAAGCCAUUCGCAGUGCCAAGGGAACAGUCCGCGGUGUCAAGAACAGGGUACGAGCCGGUAUCGCGACGUUCCUUCAAAAACCCUCCUCUCAGGCGUACAUCAAGAAGGAGCUGGGCAAAGUAGUAGUCUACACAACAACCUCUGGUAUCGUCAGAAAGACGUUCUACAACUGCAAGAAGGUGAAGCAGAUUUUGAGGACGCAUAUGGUGAAAUAUGACGAACUGGAUCUGUUCGGAGACGCGGAAUUGCAGACAGAACUGAGAGAACGUUUAGGUUCCGACGUCAUACAGCUGCCACAGCUCUUCAUCGAUGGCCAACAUAUUGGGGGAUUCGAUACGGUGGAGAGACUGAACGAGUCUGGAGAACUGAGGGACAUGCUAAAGCCAUAUCAGAGCGAAGAUGCCUGCACCGUCUGUCUGUUCUGCGGUGGUUACCAAUGGCAGCUGUGUCCGGUAUGCAACGGUAGCAAAAGAUCCGUGCAUCGCAACGACUUCACCGCGGAAUUUGUCGCCCUGAAGUGUGCAAAAUGCGAUGUGAACGGUCUAAUUCGUUGUCCUCACUGCUAAAGGACAAGCAUGAAAAGAACGAGAGCCACGAACGACAUCGUCAUCUUCGAACGUUAUUGCACUCGGAUCCCCAUGGCUUACAACCCCCUCCCUUACACUCGGUUUAAGACUAAGGUGCUACGAGAGUAUAUUGCAUGUUACACGUAACACGUCGCGAACAUGGAUUCGUUUUGUCCACGAGAGUUCGAGAGCGCUCUUUCGUUCAGAAUUUUCGUUUGCUGCUCGUCACGGGUUUCGUAGAAACUCGUACACGAAGCGAGAUUU